GUAAAUAAACAAUGUUUGUAGAAUUUUCAUAACAAUAAAAACCAAUUCAGUGCGUGAAGUACUGUAAAUCAAGCAUUUUCAGCAUACGGCGUUAAUAUAGUUAUCGGAAUGCCAUCCAGCAGAAAUGAUUUCAGUCAUUCAAAACGCACUUCGGUAAACCGGCGUAGAAAUCGAAGUCCCCUAGGUUUCGGGCCUCAUGCGCGAAAAGAUCUGGAUCGAGAUAUUGCUCAACAAUUCAAUAAAAAGUUUCGCUUUAAAUCAUUGGAAAAUGGCCCUCCAGUACUCCCAGCGUUGGAUAGUGUCUACACCUGCCCCGCGUACAGUAUUCCGGCGUUACAGAAAGUUAAGGACGAUCUGAACGCUGUCAAAAACCGGUUGAACGAUUUCGAAAUCAGCGACUGGCAUCAACAUACACGCCGUAGGUCCUCAUUGUUCCGAAUUUUGCGUGAGCUAAGGUAUCGCAUUGGAGGUGAGUUCGUAACACAAGCCUUCGCGAAACUGUAUGAAUGUGUGGCUGUCUAUAAACUGGUUCCCCAAGAGAAGAAACAAUUUGCCAGCGUACAUCUGUGUGAAGCUCCUGGAGCUUUCAUUACCGGAUUAAACCACUAUCUGAAGUUGAACCAUCCCGAAACCACAUGGCGUUGGUUUGCCAAUACAUUGAAUCCUUACUAUGAAGGGAAUUGUUUGGGAAACAUGAUUGCGGAUGACCGCUUCAUUUUUCACACGAUGGAUUCCUGGUGUUUCGGAGAAGAUUCUACCGGAGAUAUAAUGCAGCGUCACAAUUUGGAUGCCAUUGUUCGCAGAAGUAAAAAGUUCGACGAGGUGAACCUGGUCACUGCUGAUGGAUCUAUCGACUGUCUGGAUGUUCCCGAAUCGCAAGAGGAGCAUGUAUCUCGGUUGCACCUGGCAGAAGCAGUCACAGCACUGAAAGUAAUAACCGAUGGUGGGUCGAUAAUACUGAAAAUGUUCACUCUUUUCGAGCACUGCAGUGUAAAUCUGCUUUACCUGUUGUACGUUUGCUUCGACGAGCUCAAUGUGUUCAAACCCUGCACUUCUAAACCCGGUAACUCGGAAGUGUAUAUCAUUGGGAUAGGGUUUCGCCGGCCGUCCGGUCUCAAUGAAUACCUGGAUAAAAUAUUUGAUAACUUACAAUCUGAUAAAGCAAUGUUCGAUGUUAAGCAGAUACCCAACGGUUUCAUCGAUCAAGUCCGGGAGUGCGCAUAUACAUUUAUGUUGUUCCAGCAGGAUGUGAUCGAACAUAAUAUACAUUUUUAUCAACGGGAAGAUAUUCUAGAGAAUCAACGCCUGGAAUGGUUCAACGAAAAACUGUGUGAAAGAUUUUUCGAAACAUACAAAAUAAGGAGAAUUCGAUCCUCAGAAGCAAUACUGUACGGUGUUGAUGUGGCCAAUGGAAUGAUCAAUAUCAAUCCUAGAGAUAGCAGUGGAACGUAUAACGAACGAAGUAUGAUGAAUUCACUUAACGGAGAACAUAAAUUGAAUAUGUUGAAUGAAAAGCUGAACGAGUUCAUACGAAUAAAAUCAUCAAUAAUGCCCCGGUCCAGACUACGCGAUCAUUCACUGAGAGAAACAAAAUCUUGCAUCGAAACAAUAGCUUUUAGUAGCGGAAAACCAAUUCAAAAGUUAUUAAGUAGCAAAUUUAUCAUGAUGACAUUCGUUAGGUUCCUAACAGAAGUUAUUGAAUUUUCGACUGAACAAUUACAUCACCUGCAAGAGCAUGAUAUACUUUUCACAUUUGACCGCACGACGUACACACUGGCCAUCGACAUGAAAGCUUACGCAGCUCUCACCGGCUUCGAUUGCUAUGAAAAAGAUCUGUUUAAACACCUUUACAAAUGCAUCACUGAGCUUCCUCUGGAGGAAAGUAUCGAUUACCUGGUCAUAGAAAACUGGCUCCUACUGACACAAUUCAGCGUUGGGCUGGCUUUUUACUUGAAAACAUUCGUAUUCGAUGACAUCGAACCGAUUGCGCCUAACAAGAUAAAAUUUUCCCGACUCAAAACUGACGGAAUCGCUAGCUUCCAGUACUUGAACGAAGCAUUGCAGUCCGAGCUCAAUCGUUGUACUCCUGCGAAAACGGUGCUCGGAAUCGUUCCGAUCCAGGUACUCUUCGACGGAGGAUUCUACUAUGCGGUCAUCAACUAUAACAACAGUUUAUGCUUGGAAUACUGUUCGCGGUUACUCGCGAAAUGAGUUUCUUCGUGUUGGCAUCCUAUUUUUUCUUUCAGUUUACGAAGGCAAUUUUGUUUUUGAAUAAAGUACCGGGUUCGCUAGGACAGCGAAUUAUAGAGAGAAUGAAUUUGACCGAGAAUGAAUGAAUUAUUGAAAAUAGUCAUUGUUAUGUUUUUUAUGCAUAAAGAUAAUUGUUUUGAAUUAUAACGA